AAAUGCGCUAAAGAAUCUGGAAGGCGCAGAUUCGUCACCCUUCGAAACCGUUCUGAUACAGUUUGUCCUACGGGGUUUGCCGUAGCUCUCGUCCCUUGUUGUCGUUUUCUGCGCGUCUGGAGAGUCGUGGCGAGCUGGUGUUCGCAGUUUUACCAACAGAAGCGUACGAAUGGCUUCUCACGGCGGUAUUCAGAUUCCCAGCCGCUUGCCCUUGCUGCUGACCCACGAAGGCGUGCUGUUGCCCGGCUCAACGACGCGAGUUAGCGUCCACUCGGCGAGGAACAUGCAGGUGGUGAGGAGCAGGCUGCUGAAGGGCACCUCCCUGAAGAGCACCAUCCUCGGCGUCAUCCCCAACACCCGGGACCCCGAGCACGACACGCAGGAGCUGCCCGCUUUGCACAGCAUCGGCACGGCGGGCCUGGCGGUUCAGGUGGUGGGCAGUAACUGGCCCAAGCCGCACUACACGCUGCUGAUCACAGGCCUGUGCCGCUUCCGCGUGACUCAGCUCCUGCGCGAGAGGCCCUUCGCCGUGGCCAUAGUGGAGCAACUGGACAGGUUGGAGCAGUACACAGAGGGGCAGCCGCUGGACAGAGAGCUCAGGGAGCUGACCCAGAACUUCUACCAGGCUGCCUUGCAGCUCGUCGGGAUGCUGGACAUGUCCGUACCCGUGGUCGCCAAGCUGAGGCAGCUGCUGGACAGCCUGCCCCGGGAGACUCUGCCAGAUGUGCUUGCUGCCAUGAUCCGCACCUCCAACACAGAGAAACUCCAGGUGCUGGACGCUGUUGACUUGCAGGAGCGCUUUAAGAAGACUCUCCCUAUGCUCACCAGGCAGAUUGAGGGGCUGAAACUGCUGCAGAAGACUCGCAAACCCAGACCUGAUGAUGACAAGAGGGUGCUGGCCAUACGCAAAGGUGGCGUGUUCCCCGGGCGGCAGUUCUCUCUCGAGGAAGACGGCGAGGAUGAAGAUGGUGAUGACAUGGCUGUGUUGGAGAGGAAGGUGAAGGAGGCAGCCAUGCCUGAGCCAGCGUUGCAUGUCUGUCUGAAAGAACUCAAACGCCUGAAGAAGAUGCCCCAGUCCAUGCCGGAGUACGCCCUCACCCGCAACUACCUGGAGCUCAUGGUGGAGCUGCCCUGGACUAAGAGCACCUCAGACUGCCUGGACAUCCGUGCUGCCCGUGUGCUGCUAGACAACGAUCACUAUGCCCUGGAGAAGCUGAAGAGGCGCGUGCUGGAGUACUUGGCAGUGCGGCAGCUGAGGAGCACCCUCAAGGGGCCCAUCCUGUGCUUCGUGGGGCCACCUGGUGUGGGCAAGACCAGCGUGGGCCGCUCCAUCGCCCGCACGCUGGGCAGGGAGUUCCACCGCAUUGCCCUCGGAGGAGUGUGUGACCAGUCUGAUGUCCGCGGCCACAGGCGAACCUACGUGGGAAGCAUGCCCGGACGCAUCAUUAACGGCCUGAAGACCGUCGGCGUCAACAAUCCCGUCUUCUUGUUGGACGAGGUGGACAAAUUGGGAAAGAGCUUGCAGGGAGACCCUGCCGCCGCCCUGCUGGAGGUUCUGGACCCAGAGCAGAACCACAGUUUCACUGACCACUAUCUCAAUGUGCCCUUUGACCUCUCACAAGUCCUCUUCAUUGCCACAGCGAACACUACAUCAACCAUCCCCCCUGCCCUAUUGGACAGAAUGGAGGUUAUCCAGGUGCCAGGGUACACCCAGGAAGAGAAAGUGGAAAUCGCUCAUCGACACCUGAUCCCCCAUCAGCUGGAGCAGCACGGCCUCACACCUCAACAGCUCCAGAUUCCCCAAGACACCACUCAUGAGAUCAUUAGCAAGUACACGCGGGAGGCAGGAGUACGGUCUUUGGAGAGGAAGAUUGGGGCUAUCUGUCGGGCAGUGGCAGUGAAGGUGGCCGAAGGCCAUAAGAUGUCGAAAGCAGAGUCACCUGGGGAGACUGAGGCAGCCGACUCGUCCAUCCCUCCAUCAGGUCAGGAGCAAGUGGGGAAGGGAGAAGAUUCUGAUGUAACCGCACCUCCGGAGAUGCCCAUCGUCAUAGACCAGAUUGCCCUCAAGGACAUUUUGGGACCCCAGAUCUUUGAGAUGGAGGUGUCCGGGCGUCUCACGCUCCCAGGCGUAGCUAUAGGGCUGGCUUGGACUCCUCUGGGUGGUGAGAUCAUGUUUGUGGAGGCCAGCCGUAUGGAGGGCGACGGCCAGCUAACACUAACCGGGCAGCUGGGUGACAUCAUGAAGGAGUCGGCUCACCUGGCCAUCAGCUGGCUCCGGAGCAAUGCCAAGACAUAUCACCUAACUAACAUUGCAGGCGGCGCUGACCCCUUGGAGGGCAACGACAUCCACUUGCACUUCCCAGCGGGCGCCGUCACCAAGGACGGGCCUUCUGCCGGCGUUACCAUAGUAACGUGCCUCGCCUCCCUGUUCAGUGGCCGUCUGGUGCGUUCCGAUGUGACUAUGACUGGAGAAAUCACCUUGAGGGGUCUCGUGCUGCCGGUGGGGGGCAUUAAAGAUAAAGUCCUGGCUGCUCACCGGGCUGGUCUCAAACGAAUCAUCCUCCCCAAACGCAACGAGAAGGACCUGGAGGAGAUCCCUGUCCAUAUACAGGCCGAGCUGGCGUUCAUCACAGCCAGCACGCUGGAUGAAGUCCUCAACGCGGCAUUUGAUGGUGGCUUCCCAGCUGUUGUGAUCACUCACCCACAGAUUACCAGCAAACUCUGAGACCACAUGUGCGCGCGCACACCUAAAACUGAAAUUUGAAGCAGUUGUUUAGAUUUGAGGCAUUUUGAGUCUCCUGCUUUCUGCACGUUUGGAUCUUCAAACUUUAAGUUUAAUGGCAAAACUGGUAAGUGACUGACUUGUUCCGAAAGGUACUAGAGGUCUCUUCUCUAGUUGACACCAGUUUGACAUUUGUAAUUCUAAAUACUGAUUAAUCACAGUACUAAAAAUAUUUGUUAUUGCAAUCCUCUGAUGGAUUGAGAGAACACUGAUAGCCAUGUUCAUCACUCUACAGGAAUGCUGAAAACUUUAGUUGUGGUUAGUAAUCACUGAAGUGCAGUUGAGUUCUAGUCUUUAAUUAAAUUUCCAUGUAGAUGCACCUUUGAGUUUGUCAGUGACAUCUGCUUUUCACACAAGGCCACUGUCCAAGCUGCUUUUUCAAGGAAAACGGAACCGUGUCCCACCUUGUCAUGGCUUUGUGCCAAGUUAAAUAAUUUGUCAAACACUGGGUGUGUGCUGAUGAAUCUGUCGACCCCAACACUGUUUGGGCACUAAGAAACGUCCGUGAGGGGUAGUUUUGUAGGUGACCGCGUUUGAAGAAUGUGGGAGAUGUCUUGAGAUGCAGGGUGACCCCAUAUCCUGCAUGCUGUACAAUGCUCCAGGGAUUUGUUAAAGUACAUUUGCACUGGGAGGUGUAGUUUAUGUUCACAAAGGAAGUUCUCCCUUCUAGUCAUUGGAGAAACCAAUUUGACUUUUGAGGCUACAGGCCUUUAUGGCCUGAGCAAUACCGCAUAGUUUCUACAAAUAGUACCUUCCAAAAGAUGGAGGGGGCUGGUUCAGCACUGGGAGAUCUGAAUGAACAGUAAAAUGAGUUAUGAAAAAGAUAGAUUUAUUUAAUGGCAAAAUAGAACAAAAACAAGAAGAAACAUUAAAACGAAAUAAAAAACAGGACCAGCAACGGUACAACGUAUCCACAGAGAUGUUUGGCUUUUGCUUCACCCACUCCUCACAAAGACAGACAAAUGCAAACAAAUAAAAACCUUACAAAAAAAAAACAAAA